ACCAUGAAGGGCCGGGGAUCGUGAGGUUAAUCCUUGACUCCGAUUCGGAAGUGCCAGGAGUUGGAUUUGGAACGUUGGAAGGUCGUGUGGAUUUCGCGCGGAAACCCAGCGCCCAACGCAGGCUUGUCAUACGUACACGCGCCGCGUUCGAGAAGACUGCCAUUGCUGGGUGUGACAGGGGGAUUGGAAUGUUAGGUGAUGUCGGCCGGCGGUUGUGCCUACGAGUACCGAGUGAGUCCCGAGACCGCACGUAAUGGCGUUGGCUUUCGCACACUUCUAUGACGCCGUACUCUAGGUCCUCCACCACCGGACCAUGCCCGGUCGGUCAUGACUUCGUGCGCACUCUCGGCCGUGGACCCGGCCGUUGAGACUGAUUAUGGCAGCGAUCUCGACAGCGAGAGUGAACAGCUGCUGAACGAAGUACUUGCAAAAUUGGAAGCCGGAGCCGCCAGCAUCGAGCGCCAUGCAACACCGUCUACAGCUUCUACGGGCCAGGAGAAGCAGCUUGCCACACCUUCUAGCAGCACCCAGGCCCCAGUCCAACAGCACGCCAUUUCGUUGCCUUCUACCCAACUUCAUUGCCACGAGAGCUCACGGAACUCCAGCAAGCCGCAUAGUGGCUCAAAAAAACGACUUUGGUUUCAGCGCGCCCAACUUAACCUCUACCGAGUCGGCCGCCAGAAAUGGCCGGUCUCCACUGGAGCGUUUUCGAACUUCGCCCAUGAAACCCUUGUCCGUGACCGACAUCGUCUCGCCGGCAUGGUGUGAAGUUCAGUACUGGUAUACCCUUACCAAGCAUGGUCGAAAAAGACGUACGCCUGCCAUGAAGCAGGGCUCUAAGGUGCACAAAAAGUUGGAAGAGCAGGUCCAUACCACGGUAGAAGUUCUGGUGCAGACUCGAGAAGAUGCCUGGGGACUUAAAAUUUGGAACGUCAUACAGGGACUUAGGACUCUGCGAAACACAGGGUCUACCCGCGAAAUGGAAAUUUGGGGAGUCAUUGAUGGCCAAGUCAUCAAUGGUAUCAUCGAUGAACUCUCAUACACGUGCCCAGAUGAAGAACUCGAAGAAGCGGCAACUUCACAACAAGAUUCUGCUCCAGCAAACCAGCCUGGUACGCCAUCGAUUUUAGACUCCCUCCAGAAACCGGGGACGGAUGCACCAGAGUCUGGGCCAUGGCUGGGAGAUCCCUAUGCGCAACGAAAGGUCUUCAUUACAGAUGUCAAGACAAGGGGCAGCAAGACACUACCCCAGUCAUCAGCCCUUCGUCCGACUGUCAUGCAGUUGAUGCUGUAUCGAAAAUUAUUGUCGGCAUUUGCUUCCAACUUAGUCGAUGCGGCAACCAUUUUCCAGCGCUACAACCUGAAAGCCGAUGCCAAAUUCAGCAACUCAUUUAUUGCAGAAGUCGGAGGUCUGGACUUUAACUUCCGAAAUGACUCCACAGAAGAUGAUGAAGCGCCCUUCAGCUCUCAAGAGGAUGCGGUAUCCGAGUUGCUUGCUCACAAUACCCUUGUGAAGCUUUGGGGUUUGAUGAUACAAGAAUUUACCAAGACCAUGCCAGGGCCUAAUGCUAUAGGCCAGGUACUGACGGCCGAGUUCCGCAAUCAGCAGACUGGGGACAUCAUGGGCACGAAAAUGUUCAGCUUCGACAAAGAAAUGUUGCAGGAAUAUCUUGCAGACGAGAUGAGCUGGUGGCGUGGUGAGCGUGAAGCGAAAGGCGUUGAUAUUGAGGAGGCCUACAAAUGUCGCUUCUGCGAAUUUGCCGACAUUUGCGAAUGGCGACAAGGAAAGGUCCAGGAGGCUGCAGAAACUCAUCGUUCAAAAGCAAAGUCCGGUUCGAAGUCUAGAAAAUGACGACAUCUGGAGGCAUUCUCAGCAUAUAUACGGAACUUAGCUUAUAUCCAUACCAACGCUUUGUUACGAAUGGGCCAACUGAUCCACCAACAACCGGAAUUUACUAGUAUGCUUAAGGCUGCGGAAAGCGCACUUUAUCUUGGCCCAGGGCCUCAAUAAUUCUUUACGAGUUGAGCACAAUUUUGGGAUGGAUUGCUGGAUAAGUGAGAGGAUUCGGAGAUUCCCGUCAGCAUCUUGUUUUGUUCAACUUCGAGAAUGCAGUCUGCUUUCUUGUUUGGACAGUGCAUUGAAUUUCAGUUUCAAGACGUGAUGAGGCCAGUUUCUAUAUACAGG